GAUUUCAGAAGAAGAAAAGACUUUCUCUCCAUACCUUUGCACCUUCUUCCCUCUUCCCUCUUCCCUCUUUCCCCGUCCCCCGUCCCCCGUCCCCCGCCCCAGCCACAUCAGAAACAAAGAAAAAAAAAAACCUACUGUGGGUAUUCAUUUUUUAUUGUUAAAUUGUUUGAUUGUAAAAAAAGUCUGCUUCAACGUGUGAAUAAAUUGAGGGUUGCGUGUGAAUAUUGCUUCUUCUUGGUUUGUAUGAUACGAUCCUCUGAAUUUUGUUAGUUUUGCUUGUUGGGUUUGGUGGUAGGGGGUGGGCAUUUCCAGCUGAUUUUGUGGUGACUGCUGUUUGGAUCGAUCGCUUCAUCUUGCGAGCUCUUCUUUCGUUUUAGAUAAAAGGGGGUGUUUGGAAAGAGGGAAUAAAAUGGAGGACGCAAUGGGAGGAAGAUACUGGUGCCAUAGUUGCUCACAAGUGGUGAAUCCCAUCGCUGAAGCAGAGCCCAAGUGCCCCUUGUGUCAAGGUGGAUUCAUUGAGGACAUCGAUGGCACCACUUCAAGGGAUCAUAAUGACUCCGACUCUGAUCUAGCUUCCGAUCGAACCCUCUCUCUUUGGGCCCCAAUCUUGUUGGGCAUGAUGGGUAAUCCUCGUCGGCGCCGCAGAUUCAGAAGAGAAGAUAUAGAAGAUGAGGAGGAGGACAAUGAAGAUGGUGAGGGUCGUAGAGGAGGAGAGACUGAACUUGAUCGGGAACUUGAUUCCAUAAUCAGGAGGAGAAGGAGAAGUUCUGCUACUAUUCUCCAACUACUUCAAGGCAUUAGAGCUGGAAUGGUCUCUGAAUCAGAGAAUUCUGAAAAUGAUAGGGAUAGGGAUAGGGAUAGAGAAAGAGAAAGGGAAAGAGAGCGCCUGAUUCUAAUAAAUCCUUUCAAUCAAACUAUAAUUGUUCAGGGUUCUUUUGAUUCAAACCAGGCCCAAAAUCAGAAUCAAAACACCAUUGGCUCCCUGGGGGACUAUUUCAUUGGCCCCAGUUUAGAUUUGUUGCUGCAACAUUUAGCAGAAAAUGAUCCUAAUAGAUAUGGGACACCACCGGCGCAAAAAGAUGCAAUUGAAGCAAUGCCCACUGUGAAAAUUAAGGAGAAUUUGCAGUGUUCAGUGUGUUUGGAUGAUUUUGAGAUUGGCGCUGAGGCAAGGGAGAUGCCAUGUAAGCAUAAAUUCCACAGUGGGUGUAUUCUGCCAUGGCUGGAGCUUCAUAGCUCUUGUCCCGUCUGCAGGUUUCAGAUAGCAGCUGAUGAAUCCAAGCUUGAUUCAGAUGCUUCUCCGAAUGUUAGCAGUAACAGUAGCGAGAGGAGUAACAAUGGCCAUGGUAGCAGUGAAGAGGGAGAUGGGGAUGGGAGAAGUGGAAAUGGCAGAAGGUCUACGUUCAGGUGGCCUUUUACCAGUUUAUUUUCUUCCCAAGGAUCACAAACUAGCAAUGGGAAUUCCUCAUCAUCAGGAGCAAAUGCACCAGGGAGUGCAUCUAGGGCAAAUGAGAAUUGAGUGCAUCUUACUUGACUUUUAUCAUCUUCUCCCCCUUUAUGUUGUUUGCCUUUGUGUACAUAUUUUUUUUUUUUUUUUCUUCACUUGCCAAACAUGAAUGAAUCUUGAAUGGAAGAACAAAUUGUGAUUAUCGGGUGUAUCUAUACAUAUUUUGCCCUUGGAUUUCACCUC